AUGAUUGAACGAGGUGGCUUCUCGCGGUUUGGUCGAUUUUCCACCCUAAAACGGAGACCAGAUAAAUCGCAGCAUGCUUCGACAACAUCACCUGUCAUUGCUCAACUGAGUGAAGACAUUAAACAGGUUGUCUAUGAGGACGUGUUCGAAGAAGUUCCAACCGGUCCGAAGUCAGCACCCGCAUUGCAAACCCAUUGCGAUUCUACCUGUAUGCUCAGUUUGGAACCAAAAUUGAACGAGUGCGUACCCAAUUGUUUUGCCUGUGUACCUAACAUGUGA